AUGGCUCAGGAUGAGGCCUCGCUGCAACGAUGGCUUGCCCAGGAGGAGGGUGACCGGGAUGCGGCCAAGUUCGCCUUGCACCGGCUCCAGAGCACGGCGGAGUUCUACCGCCAGCGGCUGCUGGGGCUCUUGGUGCGGGGGAAAGGAGGCGAGGGCGCCGUGAGCCGAGCUCGGGAGCUGCUGAGAGAUCUGGAGGCGGAGGUCACAGCCUCCGACAGCAACUCGGGCGGGAUGCAGUCAAGGACCAGCAACUACGAGGUACUGUCUUCGUCUCUGAAGGAGACGCAGCGUUCGUGCGACAGCCUCAACCGUGAGAUGGUUCAGCAGGCGAGUUCCAACGAGAAGCUGGUCGAGUCCAUGGGCACUGUGAAGGCUGCAAACAAGCGCCUCCUUGAGCAGAUCCGAACUCAACAAGCGGAGAUCGGGCAGUUGACGCAACAGUGUGUGAACACCGAGGAGCGCACGGAGCAGCUGAGGCGGCGCCAGGAGUUGGACCGCGAGGCCGCGCGCCAGGAGGCGCUGCACCAGGCGGCAAUCCUGCGAGAGAACGGCGCGGAGCGCCGGAGUGAGGUUCAGCAGCAGCUUACGGGCCAGCUGAGGAAGCUGCAGCUGGGUGCGGUGGGCGCCCUGACGGGGGCCCAGCAGCUCUCCCAAGAGCUGCAGGUGCGGCGGCAGGAGUCGGUGGCAUUUCUGGAGGAGGUCUUUAGUUGGCUGCACAUUUGGAAGCAGGCGCAGUGGCCGGGUCGCUGUCUUUUUUCAGCAUCCCUGUAG